AGCUUCUCCGUCUUCUCUCGCCACACACACCAGAGCUGUAAAGAGCUUUAUUAUUAUUAUUUAAGGUCUCCUACUAGUUCUUUUAUUCCGGUGUUACUUAAGCUCUCCUGGAUACCCAACGCGUGUUUGAAAGCGCUUCUGUCUGUGCGCGCACCGCACCUCAUUGCCUGUGUACACGUAAACACCAAACACGAAAUUGUUGUGUUUGCGGGGCAACCUUGGCGCCCUGUUCGACGGUCAGCGGUGGAGUCGCUCUUUCCUCGACUUCACACUCGUACUGUUUAUCCUGUUGUUGGUGGUGUCGCUCAAACGCCAUUCUUUUUCUCCUGUUCUCUCCGCUCGAGCGUCAAGGCAUGUCGGCCACCACCGUCCCUUUCGCCGGUCAGGUCCGCAUGGAGUGGUACCAGUCCUUGGACCAGCUCAACUUCACCUUCUAUGUGAAGGACCGCCAGACGGACGAUGUGGCGGUGCACAAAACGGCCACCACGCUGGAGGUCACCAUCCGCCUGGACAACAACGGCCGCGAGUACAGCUGCAGCUACGACCCCCUCUUCGCAGAGCUGAGGGACGACGCCGCAACCGUGUCGGUCCGCCCGAUGAAGGUGGAAGUCAGCGUGAAGAAGGCGCAGUCCUAUCAGUGGCCUACGCUGGAGCGGCAAGGCAGCGGUGGAGUGGCGGCUGCUCCAGCGGUAGCGAUGGAAGCCUCCGUCCCCGUCAGCGCUCAGCCGACCACCGCGAAGGAUCUGAAGUACCCGAACAGCAAAGGAAAGGACUGGAGCUCGAUCAAGCUGGAGGACGAGGAAGAGGCGAAGCCGGAUGGCGAGGCGGCCCUCAAUAAGCUGUUCCAGCAGAUCUACGGCGACGGCUCAGAUGAGCAGCGGCGGGCAAUGAUUAAGUCGUUCACCGAGAGCGGCGGCACCGUUCUGUCCACCAACUGGGAAGACGUGAAGAAGAAGAAGGUGGACGCGCAACCGCCGACGGGGAUGGAGGCGAAAUCUGCCAACGAAUGA